GAGCAUCGGAGACGUCACUGGGGCGCGGGGAAGGAGGACCGCCGGCAGAGUAGCGGAGACGUCACCGGGGCGUGGGAUAGGAGGAUCGCCGGCGGAGCAGCACCGCAGCGCAGCUGGCGAGAGGCACGCCCUCCACCAGAUCCAGCACGGGGAGGACGAGGCCAGGAGAGACCCCAGGGCGAGAGGAUGAAUCCCGCCGCCGGCCGCCGGCGGGCUUUGCCUGGCGACGUCUGCCGACAGCGGCGAGGGAAGGUGGUCGAGCGGCGGCGGCUAGGGUUCCCGCCCGAGCCGCCUCUAGGGAGACGACGCGGGGGCGCGGGAGCUUCAAUAGGAAUUCGAUCCUCCAAAAUUCCUGCGAUUUUCCCUUGUUCCAAACGGGGCCUAAGUUCCAAGGAAGGACUAGAGAUGCUAUGUGGUAAUCCCAAAUCCCAAGUCACCAAGGUGCUCUUAGGUAGUCUCAAAUCGCAAGUCACAAAAGUUCUUCGCUUGGUCAGUCCAAGCAUAACGAGGCCUUGUUCAUCACGUUCACGUGAACAAAUAUUCCAUUGCACACAUGGUACGUAAAGUGCUACCGAAUUGGAGCGAUAAAUCCGAAGGCUGCAAUGCACAGCUCCAUUAAUCCCAUUGCUCCUAAUCCAAUGUCGUCCCGGCCAGCCGUCGACCCCGAGUCGUCCCCGGCGGCGCAGCAGGCUCCACUGCUCGGCAACGCUGACGGCCGGACACAAACAACAACCGUUGUAGGCAAGGCCCUGAGCAGCACCGCUGACCUCGCGAAGCACCUACCCACCGGAGCCGUGCUGGCCUUCGAAUUCCUCUCGCCGACCUUCACCGCCGACGGCAGCUGCACGGCCGCCAACCGCGCGCUCACCGGCUGCCUCAUCGGCGCCUGUGCCCUCUCGUGCUUCCUCCUCUGCUUCACCGACAGCUACCGCGACGAGACGGGCACCGUGCGCUACGGCUUCGUCACGCCCAGCGGUCGCCUGAGACUCAUCGACGGCGCCCAGCAGAUGCCGCCGCGGGACGAGAGAUACCGGCUCCGCGCGAGGGACGUGCUGCACGGGGUGCUGUCGUUCGUGGUGUUCCUGGCCGUGGCCAUGGUGGACAGCAACGUCGUGGCGUGCUUCUACCCCGUGGAGUCCGCCACGACGAGGCAGCUGCUCGCCGCAGUGCCCAUGUCUGCCGGAGCGGCGGGGAGCUUCUUGUUCGCCAUGUUCCCGUCCACGCGCCGGGGAAUCGGCUUCCCCGUCGCAGGCACGUCAUGAAUCAAUAUUGUUUUAUCAGUUUGUCUAAUUUA